CUCUUUUUCUUUCAAGACAGAAUCUUGGGAAAACAGUACAGAUUGUUGUGAGUGGGAUGGUGUCACGUGCGACACCAUGUCAGAUCACGUGAUUGGUCUGGACCUCAGUUGCAACAAUCUUAAAGGUGAAUUACAUCCCAAUAGCACCAUCUUUCAGCUUAAACACCUUCAACAACUCAACUUGGCUUUUAAUAAUUUUUCUGAGUCUUCAAUGCCUAUUGGUGUUGGAGAUUUAGUGAAACUCACACAUCUAAAUCUAUCAUAUUGUUACCUCAGUGGUAAUAUUCCUUCCACAAUCUCUCAUUUGUCAAAAUUAGUAUCACUUGAUCUUAGCAGUUACUGGUCCGAAGAAGUGGGAUUGAAACUCAAGUCAUUCAUUUGGAAGAAACUCAUUCAUAAUGCUACUAAUUUAAGGGAGCUUCAUUUGAAUAGUGUGGAUAUGUCUUCCAUUACGGAGAGCUCUUUGUCCAUGCUAAAGAAUUUUUCAUCCUCUUUGGUUUCUCUUCUUCUACGAAACACUGGGUUGCAAGGAAAUUUGUCAAGUGACAUCCUCUCUUUACCUAAUCUUCAAAGAUUGGAUUUGUCAUUUAAUGAUAACCUUAGUGGUCAACUUCCAAAGUCCAACUUGAGCACUCCUCUAAGGUACUUGAACCUCCGUUUAUCUGCUUUUUCAGGUGAAAUUCCUUAUUCCAUAGGUCAAUUGAAGUAUCUUACUCGAUUAGAUUUUUCAUGGUGCCAUUUAGAUGGGAUGGUUCCUCUAUCUUUGUGGAACCUCACCCAACUAACAUAUUUGAGUCUUUCAUAUAAUAAGCUUGACGGGUUCAUUGGUGAGUUUUCAACAUAUUCUUUGCAAUAUUUGUUUCUCUCUAAUAACAGCCUACAUGGUCAUUUUCCAAAUUCAAUAUUUCAACUCCAAAAUCUAUCUUACUUAACUUUGUCAUCAACCAACUUGAGUGGUGUUGUCGAUUUUCACCAAUUUUCAAAAUUAAACAAACUAGAAUAUCUCCAUCUUUCACACAAUAGUUUUCUUUCUAUCAACUUUGAUAGCAGUGCUGACUCCAUCUUACCCAACCUUGUUGACUUAGUUUUAUCUUAUUCUAAUAUUAAUAGUUUUCCUAAAUUCCAAACACGAAAUCUUCAAAGAUUAGAUCUCUCCAAUAACAACAUUCAUGGGAAAAUUCCCAAAUGGUUUCAUAAGAAGCUCUUAAACUCAUGGAAUGAGAUUUCGUACAUUGACUUGAGUUUCAACAAGUUACAAGGAGAUCUUCCAAUUCCACCUUCUGGCAUUCAAUACUUUUCACUCUCAAAUAACAACUUCACAGGAAAUAUUUCUUCAACAUUCUGCAAUGCAAGUUCCCUUUAUACCCUCAAUUUGGCUCACAACAACUUUCAAGGAGAUCUUCCAAUUCCACCUGAUGGCAUUAAAAACUAUUUACUCUCAAACAACAAUUUCACAGGAGAUAUAUCUUCAACAUUCUGCAAUGCAAGUUACCUGAAUGUUCUCAAUUUGGCUCACAACAAUUUAACAGGUAUGAUUCCACAAUGCCUGGGAACAUUAACUUCUCUUAAUGUAUUGGAUAUGCAAAUGAACAACCUCUAUGGAAACAUUCCUAGAACCUUUUCCAAAGAAAAUGCAUUUCAGACUAUAAAGUUGAAUGGAAACCAAUUGGAAGGACCAUUACCACAGUCUUUGUCUCACUGUUCAUUUCUUGAAGUUUUGGACCUUGGUGACAACAACAUAGAGGACACAUUUCCAAAUUGGCUAGAAACUCUACAAGAGUUACAAGUUCUAAGCUUACGAUCAAAUAAUCUUCAUGGUGCAAUCACUUGUUCUAGCACCAAGCAUUCAUUUCCUAAGUUGAGAAUUUUUGAUGUUUCUAUCAACAAUUUUAGUGGGCCCUUGCCAACAUCAUGCAUCAAGAACUUUCAAGGAAUGAUGAAUGUGAAUGACAGCCAAAUUGGUUUGCAAUACAAGGGUGUGGGUUAUUACUAUAAUGAUUCUGUUGUGGUCACAGUGAAAGGUUUUUUCAUUGAGCUAACAAGGAUAUUGACUGCUUUCACAACUAUUGAUUUAUCAAAUAACAUGUUUGAAGGUGAAAUUCCACAAGUCAUUGGAGAAUUAAAUUCUCUCAAAGGACUUAACCUUUCAAACAAUGGAAUCACAGGUAGCAUUCCACAAUCUUUGAGUCAUUUGAGAAAUUUGGAGUGGUUGGACCUCUCAUGCAACCAAUUGAAGGGUGAGAUUCCUGUGGCUUUGACAAAUUUGAACUUCCUCUCAGUCUUAAACCUUUCACAAAACCACCUUGAGGGAAUCAUACCUAAAGGUCAACAGUUUAAUACAUUUGGAAAUGAUUCUUUUGAAGGAAAUACAAUGUUGUGUGGAUUCCAAUUGUCUAAAUCAUGCAAAAAUGAGGAAGAUCUGCCACCUCAUUCAACAUCUGAAGAUGAAGAAGAAUCCGGAUUUGGCUGGAAAGCUGUGGCAAUUGGAUAUGGAUGUGGGGCAAUAUCCGGGUUCCUCUUGGGAUAUAAUGUAUUCUUCUUCACUGGUAAACCUCAAUGGCUUGUUAGAAUUGUUGAAAACAUGUUUAACAUAAGACUGAAAAGAACAAACAACAGAUACUGUGCAAAUCGCAGAAGAAUGAAUUAAUUUGAUGUUUGUAUUUUCAAA